AGCACGCUGAUUGACGGCGCCGAUUAGCCAAUAGGCGAAGCCAAAGCGGGCUGGGUAGCUUUCGUCUUCCAAUGGCAGGAGAGAAUGGGCGGGGUUAGAAUGCUGUGCAGUUAGGCUGAGCGUACCGUGUGUGUGUGUGAGUGUAUGGUAAAAUCCCAGAGCCCGCAGGAGAGAGGAGAGGCAAGGUGAGGCUCGCACAGUGGGGGUCCCUGUUAAUAGAGGGGGCUGUGGAGCGGUGGAUUGUGGGUGGGCAGAGGCCUGAGGGGGCAUUAUAGACAAUAAUAAUAGGCUGUAUGGGCAGACUGUGUGGGCUAUGGGGCUGAGGAUGGAGGAAUCACAGGCCCUCAGUCUCAUGGACUUCAACCCCGGGGUUAAUGGACAGACUGGGAGAUCCUCCAGCAUGCAGGGGGGCAGUAAGCCAUUGGUGGGAUUACAGCUUACACCCAGCAUGUCACCCAGCCAGGGGUCUUAACCAGGGCUCAGCCAGAUUGGUAUCAGAAGCAUUCAGCCACCUACAUGCAUGGAUUAUCAGGUCUCUUGUAUAAGCCAUGUGCGUUGUGCUGAUGGUGGGCUGGUACAGUGAAAUGCAGAGGAAGUGGUGUUAGCUUACUUCAAGGGACACUGUAGGCACCCAGACCAAUUCUGCCCAUUGGCGUGGUCUGGGUGCCAACUCCCACUAUCCUUAACCCUGCAAGUGUAAUUAUUGCAGUUUUUUUUUUUUUUUUAUAAACUGCAAUAAUUACCUUGCAGGGUUAACUCCACCUCUAGUGGCUGUCUACUAGACUUCCUCAGGUUUUCUGUGCUAGAGCGUCGUUGGACAUCCUCACGCUGUGUGAGGACCUCCAGCAUUGCUCAAUUCCCCGUAGGAAAGUAUUUUCAAUGCUUUCCUAUGGAGAGCUCUAAUGCAUGCACAUUAGGUCUCCUCAGCCGGCAGGCGGGAUCAGUCUCUCCCACCGGCUGACGUAAUGCAGAAACCACCGCUGAGGGACAAUGGCAGGGGUUUCAGGUAAGUCACUGAAGGGGUUUUCACCCCUUCAGCAACCGGGGAUGGGGGGUGGGAGGGAGAGGGGACCUGCAGUGCCAGGAAAAACGGAUUGUUUUCCUGGCACUGGAGGGUCUCUUUAAAGGGACACUCCAGAUCUCUUUAGCUUACUGAAAUGAUCUGUGCAAAGAGUGUUUCCUUUUCUCCGCUUGGCAAAACAGAAAUCAAUAGAAAUAAGUGCUUUUAUACAUUAAAACGGUUACACGCCCCCCCCUCCCCUGCUGCUGUCAGGCAACUGGUCCUGUUACUUCCUGAUUUUGUUAGCUCAGUGGAGCUAAAUUCAAGAGCAGGUUUCCCCGAACGCCGGCUCUACAGAUGUUGCUGAACGACAACUCCCAUGAUUCUCUGGAUUAAAUAGGCUGAUAAUCAUGGGAGUUGUCGUUCAGCAACAUCUAAAGGGCCAGAGUUUGGGGAAGCCUGCUCAAGAGGAUGCAAUUGCCCAGAGCACCUGCCCUGCAAAGACUUCAUUGAGGUGCAUUGGGAAGUCUGUGAUUGGACAGCCACAGUAAGUCUGGUCAAAGUUAGAAGCUUGAAAGUGCUGCAGACAAGAAAUCUGCAACAUUUGCAAGCAGUUUUCAGAUAUACCCCAAUUAAAAAAAUGCAUAAUUAAAGGGACAUUAUAGUCACCCAGACCACUUCAGCUCAAUGAAGUGGUCUGGGUGCCAGGUCCCCCAGGUUUUAACCCUUCAGAUGUAAACAUAGCAGUUUCAGAGAAACUGCUAUGUUUACAUUGCAGGGUUAAUCUAACCUCUUCCUGACAGCCGCUAGAGGCGCUUCCCCGACUCUGGAUGCGAAAUUCGCAUCCAGUGUGCCGAAUGUUCAUAGGAAAGCAUUGAGAAAUGCUUUCCUAUGGACUGUUUGAAUGCGCACGCGGAUCUUGCUGAGCAAGCGCAUUACACUCCACUUGAGAGCUAACGUCGGUAGGGGAGGAGAGGUAACCAGCUCCAAGGGAGCCCUGCGCUGGAUUAAGGUAAGCUUCUGACCCCUCAGCACCAGGGGAGGGGGACCCUGAGGGUGGGGGGGGUCCUAAAGAUGCUAUAGUGUCAGGAAAACAAGUUUGUUUUCCUGACACUAUAGUGAUCCUUUAAGUGCAUGCAUGCUUUUUAUUGUAGGUAUACCUACUAAAAAUACAUUUUAUUUUGGGGGUGGGGGUGAUUUGGUCAUUAGAGUGUCCCUAGAACAGAUGAAUAUUAUAAAGUCUCUGUAUUAAUCUAUUUGGUGUAUGCUGGCAAUAGCGUUUUCAUAGGGGAUAGGAUCGAGAGAAGUUUUUUUUAGGACCUGGACUAAUGGUGUUUUUUCUUACAGUUUUGAGAUACUCUUUCUCAACAAUUUGUUAAAAUGGGAUUAGAUUAAAAUGAAUAAUCUAAUUACCUUUAUGAGUGACAGAUGCAUUACUCAUUCUUAUUGUAGUCGGGGGCUUUAAACAUUGCCUUCAGAUAAUGUUUUUUUUUUUUUUUCUUUCAAAAGUGCUGCCCAUCACCAAAGAACAGAUAUCAGUUUUAAGACAUUUGUUCACAGAAGCCCAAGGAGCAGCCUUGUACCUAACUAGUUAAUACCAAUGAUGAGUAUGGACAUUGAUAAGUGUAAUCAAAAGAAAAUGUCUGUAUUAACAAAGUGUGCACUGCACAAAAGCAAACACAUGUAGCCAGUGACCUGUGUCCGUGUACUUACAUUUGAAAAAUCGCAAUACUGGCAGAAAUCUCCAAUUUUGUCAUAUUUCAAGCUUGUGUCCUAAGUGGGUGUAUUGGCAGACAGUGUGUUGUAAUUCGUCUGAAUGUGUUGUCCUCUGUACAUUGUAACCUGUGUGGGUGCAUGUUGUCACUUAUGUUGCGUUUAUUUGUGGGCAGCGUAUUGUCACUCGUGUUAGGUUCAUUGGUAGCAGUGUAUUGUCAUCUGUGUGGCUGCAUUAUUUGCCAUCCUGUAAAAUUGCUUCUGUGUUGGCAGUCGUCACAGGCGAUAUUUGACAACACUCUGUUUGCCAAUGUUGCCACACAAGUGAGGACGCCAUGUCCCCAAAUGCACUAUCUGGUAUUAAUGCAGUGAUUAGCAACAUGUUGUCACCUGUGUUGGUGCAUUGAUGACGAAUGGAUCAUCAUCUGUUUAGGUGUGUGUUGGUGUACAACAUGAUGCCACCUGAGCAUAUACACUGCCAGGCAUUGGGUCAUGUAAACCCCUUGUAAAAUGACCCAUAUAGGUGCCUUGACAAGCAAUGUGAUGUGACUGUGGUACGUUCAUUGCCAGACAGUUUUGGUGAAAUGCAUGAAUACGUUGUGUUUUGCAGGGACAAGUGUUGGGUAUGUUUUCUGGAAGGUUUGGUGGGGACCUAUGCAAGUACCAUGAUGGCAGGGUUUGGGUACAAAUGUGUCCUUGCUGACACUGUUUUUUUUUUUUAAAUUUUAUUCUUUAUUGACAGUAAUAAGUAGUUCACCAUUUAAAAAAAACUAUACAAAGCGCUUCCCUGUAGCCUGUUUUUUUUACAAUGUUAGUGGAGAGAACCUCACCCUCCAUGACUGGCAAUUGUAGAACAAGUAGAGCAUCAAUGAUGUCCUCUUCUGAACGUUUUAAACUUACAAUGUAACAGUCAACAAAUUAGAUAGGCAGUGUUUUUUUUUUUUUUUUAAUCCUUUGUGGACAAUAUUAGGUGAUCUGUGGAUUCGGGGUCCAGCAUGAGUAUAUGGGAAAGCAGUUCUAUGUAAAAUAUUAAGUUAAAAGACAGAGGUAGUAAUUGCAAUAUAAAAACAAACUCCCAGGCUUCUGGCGUGCCUUUACUCUCUACACUUGUGCAUUGAGUUCAUGUGACUGGAUUCUUAGAGAUUGUCUCCAGCCGCCUGUUAAUCUCUUACACAAUAGAUGCUUUCAGUGCAUUAGCAGUAUAGUUAAACAUACGCUUUAAGUCUUGUAUGUAAUAUAACGUAUAACAGAACACAUUUAUUUUCAACCCUUUAAAGGGUACCUGUCAUGACCAAUUUAACUUGUGCUCUUUUUACUUAAAAUUUAAUUCAUACAUUGUGCUAGCAGUUUUCUAAGCAAAUGUAUAGAUUGAGAGAAAAAUCUAGGUCUUUCUCUCACGUGUUAGUUAAAUCUUUGGUAUAGACCCUGACAACAAUUUGACUGACAUGGGAGAGCAGAAAAGACCUCAGUCAGGUGCUCUCUCAAGCAAGUAACUACAGCACAUGUGCUUUAGUUGCUAUGGAAACUCCCUAGCCAACGUUGCAAGCGCUGGCAUGGGAGUAUAGGAAUGGACCUGAGGUUGGUUUUCAUGAAGACCAGAAAAUCGCAGCGCUGGAGUAAAGAUCGACCGAUUAUUGGUCUGGCCGAUAUUCUGUAUUUUCGGCAAUAUUGGUUUCGGCCAAUAUAGAUACCGAUAUUGCCGAUAAUACCUAACAGGACCGACGGGCCUAUUACAAGCGUUUACUUACCUUCCCAGCAAUACGCUGCCCACAAAUAAACGCAACAUAAGUGACAACAUGCACCCACACAGGUUACAAUAUAUAUAUAUAUAUAUAUAUAUAUAUAUACACACACACACUGCAUUGACUCUACACACACACUCUGCAUUAUAUAUACACACACUCUGCAUUAUAUAUAUACACACACUGCAUUGACUAUACACACACACACUCUGCAUUGACUAUACACACUACACAAACACACACACUUUGCAUUCAUUAUAUAUACACACACUACACAAACACUCACUGCAUUGACUAUACACACUACACAAACACUCACUGCAUUGACUAUACACACUACACAAACACUCACUGCAUUGACUAUACACACUACACAAACUCACUGUAUUCACUAUACACACUACACAAACACUCACUGCAUUCACUAUACACACUACACAAACACACUCUGCAUUCAUUAUAUACACACAUUACACAAAUACACACUGCAUCCACUACACACACACUAUACAAACACACACAGCUCCCUGUCUAAACACACUGCAUCCACUACAUGUUACAUGUGGCAUGUAUAUUUUGUGCAUUUACCUUUAGAAAUAGUUAAUUUUUUCAAAAUGGCAAAUGUACAGAAUAUCGGUAUCUGCUCUAAAAAUCGAUAUCGAUCGAUCCCUAUGCUGGAGUGGAGGUAAGGUAGAUAGUGCUCGAAAACAUGCAUUGACUACAUCAGGUGUGUUUAUACGAUGCAUUCAUUAUAUUUGGGGAUGAUUUAGCUUGAGUUAAUAAAGUAGUGGCAGGUUCACUUAAAAGAUAAUGGAAUAUUUCUGCUGCCCCCCAAAAAAAAUUAGCCUUCAAAGAUCCUCUAUAUCAAUAACAAAGUUUGAGAUUUCUGGUCCUAGACUACUAGGCAGGCCUCAAAGUUACCUGUAGUGUAUUUGUUUGCCUGGGUUGGAUUUUCUCUUGCCAGUGGUUAUUGAAAGAGUGGAAAUUUUGAGCCCUGUAAAUAGGAUGUAGAGAGGUUCCCCAUGCAGUCUUGUUCACGGCCCUGUCUGCAAGGGUGGAAGUUGGUUAUAUCUACCUCUAAAACGCCAACCGUGAUGACGAGAUGUUAUUUUUCCACAUAAUAUUAGUUUGCUUGAAACCGAGUUCAAGGUUGCCUAUGUCAUAUGCCGGAGUUUAACUAGUCCCUGGCACAAAAUUGCAGAUAUCUCUGUAUAUGUUUCACCACUGCAGAUACAGAUUUAUUGCUCAAUGGUUUCUUCUAACAGCGGAAGUGGUCAUGGAGACAUUAACGCGCCUCUGUCACGGUUUGGGGUCUUUGCAUAAUGACAGUGAGUUUGCCACUGGAGGUCAGUAGCCGUGGAGGUAGGGGAAGGUCAGUUAUAUUUGCCUGUACCUGUCCCCUGCGGCCGCCGGCAUGCUCUUCGUGCCAGUCCUCAAUAACACCUGGUGCUUAAGCUACCAGGAGUCACACCUGCUUUGUACAUGUGCACAUGCGAGGGAGUACAACAUCUAUGGAAUAUCCCGCAGGGUCCUCCAUAGACAGAGGCUUGCUAAGCGUAGGAAAAAAAAUAAGACAAAGUAGACCAAUGUAUAUGUUAUGGCAUUUCAUUGAAAUUCCAACAGGGAAUGUGAGCCUUUGAUAAAGACUCUAUCUUUAUGAAAUACUCAUUUUGGGUACAGGAGGAUGACUGUGCCAGAGGAAUUGUCUUUUGGUUGUUGUUAGCACAACUAAAUAGCCACCUAAAAGUUAGCUAUUUGUGCUAAAAGGUAUUAUGUUUUUUUUUAAAGUUUGUCUUCUGCCUUUUAGCCUGCAUGCUUUGCUGUUUUUUUUUUUUUUUUGUGAAAAGGCAGCAUUUAUAUUUGUCUCUAAAAACAUCUCUUAUGGCUGUUACUCAGACAGCCACAUGUGGUGCUUCCUAUUAAAGGGACACUGUAGGCACCCAGACAACUUCAGCUCAUUGAAGUGGUCUUGGUGCAAACUCCCAUCACCCUUAACCCUGCAGUGGUACUAAUUGCAGUUUUUAUAAACUGCAUUAAAUACCUCUGAGGGUUAACUCCUCCUCUAGUGGCUGUCUACAAGACAGCCACUAGAGGGACUUUCGGAAUUGAAAUGGACUUUUGGUCCAUUACCGGAUGCUGGACGUCCUCACGCAGUGUCAGAUUCUUCCCCAUAGGAAAAGCAUUGAAUAAUGCUUAUCUAUGGGGAGAUCCUAAUGCGAGCGCGACCAUUGCCGUUCAUGUGCAUUAGGUGUCCCCGGCUGGCGGCCGUCGGCGGGGUAGGAGUGUGCGCGAAGCUGAGCCAGUGCCGAGGGACAUCUGCGCUGGACCAAGGUAAGUAACUGGGUUAUUAACCCCUUCAGCGCCGCGAGAGGGGGAAGCUAUAGUGCCAGGAAAACGAGUUUCUUUUCCUUGCACUAUAGUUUCCCUUUAAGGUUCUGCACACUCUGCAUGAAGACGAAGGUCUUAGAAGGACUGGCAAAAAAUAUGGAGAAGUAAAAAUACAUUAUAUCAAACAUUCCGUAUAUGUUCUAUUAAGAGGUCCUGCCUACAGCUAUAAAAAGAUCUUUCGAUUCCAGAAGGGGAUUAUGAGAUAAGUAGUUUAUUCCCCAAGAGCAGUUCCACUCUUUGCAUAGGAUGUGUGAAACUGCAAUCAUGUGCUAUAGGUUUAAACUGUUAUGCAGAGAUCAGCAGAGCUGGGGUUAUUUCUCCCUCUUUUUUUAUUUAUUUAUUGUUGUGUUUUUGAGUUCUAAGUCACUCUGAGUUUAGAGCGGGUGCAGAGUAUUCUCUGUGCCAUCAGUACAAUCUCUAAAAGCUUUUAAUUCACUUAUUUGUGCCGUUGAGGACCAAACAGUUGCUUUUCGCAGGUGAACAUGGCACAGCAACUUCCAACAGCUUUAAAAUGAGUGAACUAGGCUUUGAAUUUCCUUUUUUACUUCUGCAGGUACUAAAGCUUGGGGUGUGGCACAGCAGGUGUGAGGUCCUUCCAAUAGAAAGCAGGAAGUUUUUUUUUUAAAUAGGAAAUCAAGCCAAAGGCUCAAUAGAGGUGCAACUAUUUUGAAAGAUUCUCUUUUGUCUGGUACUCCUGUCUUCCUUCUCCGUAUUUGAAUUUUCUGCAUAAUUAAAUUAGACCUGAUCAGUUGCAUUUGAAACUGCGAUUUGGAUUGUUUCAGUAAGCCAUAUUCCAUGGUUAUCUGUAAGGCUUUACUGUCAGAUUGUGUAAACAAAUAAGCCUGCAUGAGGUUAUCAUCAGUUUGUGCUCCAGUUGUGCUACAAAUAAUCUUCCUAAUAUAGUGUAUAUGUACCUGGCAGAGAGUCAGUGGAUUUGUAGUCUAACAGCUACACUGAUUAGCAACAACACUAAAACCACUGACCGAUGAAGUGAAUAACAUUGAUUAUUUUGUCAAGGGGUGGAAUAUUGGGGGGGGGGGGGUAGAGAGAGAGACCGCACCCAAACAUUAUGUACAGAAAUUAAUACGUACACAGGUCUUUUAAGGUUGUAUACACAUUUGCCCUCAAAGAUAAAGAGCAGAAUAAAUAAUAGCGCAGUACAGUAUAUACAGUAAAUAAGUGGUAUGUGAUCUUGUGUACUUUCACUCACAUUUGGUUGAGCUAAUUCAGAGCUCAGCUUUUAUAGCGCAUGGACUGAACAAUUCCCGUCUAAGGAUAUGUGAUGGUAUAGGCGUCCCAAAUGUCUCAGAUUAAGUGCAGUAUGCAACCAAAUGUGAGUGAAAGUACACAAUAUUACACACCACUCAUUCAUUGAACGUACUGUACUGCACUAUUAUUAUUUCUUCUGCUCUUUAUCUUUGAGGUCAAAUGUGUAUACAACCUUAAAAGACCUGUGUAUGUAUUAAUUUCUGUACAUAAUUUUUGGGCAAGGUUUCUUUCCAUCUCCAAAACGGCAAGUCUUGUGGGGUAUUUCCCUUUUAUGGAGUGGUUAGUACCUACCAAAAGUGGUGCAAAGAAGGACAGCAGGUGAACCAGUGUCAGGGGUAUGGGUGUCCAAGGCUUUUCAUGCACGUGGGGAGUGAAGGCUAGCCCUAUGGUCCGAUCACACAGAAGAGCUACUGUAGCUCAAAUUGAUUAAAAACUUCAUGCUGGCCAUGAUAGAAAGAUAUCAGAACACAAAUCUUGCUGCUUAUGGGGCUGUGUAGCUGCAGCCCAAUCAGAGAGCCCAUGGUAACACCUGUCCACCGCUGAAAGCACCUUCGAUGGGGACCGGAGCAUCAGAAAUAGACCAUGGAGCAAUGGAAGAAGGUUGCCGGGUCUGAAGAAUCCCGUUUUCUUUUAGAUCCGGUGAUGGCCGAGUGCGUGUAUGUGUCAUUCACCUUUGGAAGAGAUGAUAGCAGGAUGCACUAUGGGAAGAAGAAGGAGGCUGGCUGAGGCAGUGUUAUGCUCUGGGCAAUGUUCUGGUGGGCAACAUUGGAUUCUGGCAUUCCUGUGGUUGUUACUUUGACACAUACCACCUACUUAGAAAUUGUUGCAGACCAUGUAUACCCCUUCAUGGUAGUGGUGUUCCCUGAUAGCAGUGACCUUUUUCAGCAGGAUAAUGCACCCUGCCAAACUUUAAAAAUUGUUCAGGAAUGGUUUGGGGGAACAUGACAAAGAGGUCAAGGUGUUGUCUUGGCUUUCAAAUUCCCCAUAUCUUAAUUUAAUUGAGCAUCUGUGGGAUGUGCUGGAACAACAAAUCUAAUCAUGGAGGCACCACCUCACAACUUGCAGGACUUAAAUGAUCUGCUGCCAGUGUCUUGGUGGUAACCGGUCUCAUUCAGAGGUCUUGUUGAGUCCAUGCCUCAACAGAUCAGAGCUGUUUCGGCAGCAAUAGGGGGUCAUACACAAUAUUAGGCAGGUGGUUUUAAUGUUGUGGUUGAUCAGUGUAUGCAUUUAUUUAUUUUCAUCUGUGUAUAGCAGGGUUAUUCACUAAAGUGAGAAUUACCAAUUUCCAAUUAAAGUACAAAUUGUAGGCCAAAAUAGCACAAUUGGAAAACUUCUCCAAGUUCAUUCUACAUUCCAUUUGUCUAUUUUGGCCUAAAAUUUGAAAUUCACAUUGGAUUCCCAAUUUUAAAAUUAAUUGAAUCAUCAUGUUAUAAAUUAUUUUGCUGUGUUUCAUCCCAUGGAUAAAAUCAGAUGAUCGGAAUAUUGGUAUUGUGGAUCUAUCCCGAUGAAGGCAGAACAUCUCACUUCUGACAAAUACACUAUCAUUUUUUUUUUUUUAAUUCAGUUCACUCCAUUGUGGAUUUUUAAUUAAUAAAUCCCUCAGUGUUUUAAUGUUCUAUAAUAACAGGAUUGUUUAGUGAACUCUGCAUUACUAUAACUCAAAAUCCAAAUGACAAAUUGAGGCAGCUGUAACUGAUUUAAACAAACAAAAAAAAACCACUCUACAACUCUGCUAUUAUCACACUUUGGUUAGUUAGACAUACAUUUUACAAUUCAUUUUUUAAUUUUGCUACAAUUUGGACUUAAGUAAAGUUUGGUUCCUUACCACACCUGGGUAAAAACUUAUUUUUGCAUGUAUUUUUUCCUUUCCUCAAAGGUAAUCAUGGGGAACGUUUUGGCAGCAAGUUCUCCGGCUCCCCCUCCCGCAGCGUCCUCUCCAAGUCCAGGUUUAAUAAAUGUUCCACCUGGCUUUACAAUGCCUCCUGUGAGCGGGCUGGUGUCAACUGAAGAGAAGAAGGAAGCACAGGAGGAUAAGCUCCCUAACCCUGGUACAUUUGAGCAAUGUCAUCGCAAGUGUAAAGGUAAGGUUUUCAAACCCCCACUCCCCCACCCCUUUUUAAAAAAAUUUUUUUUUAAGGUUACCAAUCAGCUGUGUUUGAGUGUAUCACAGAGAUGCACAGCAUUAAAGGGGUACUGUAGGCACCCAGACCACUUCAGCUCAUUGAAGUGGUCUGGAUACAGUGUCCCUAUUGCCCUUGAUGCUGCAAUGUUGAACAUUGCAGUUACAGAGAAACUGCAAUGUUUACAUUACAGCACUAAGUCUGCCCAUAAGGGCAGUCUACCAGACAGCCACUUGAGUGCCUCCUGGUUCGUAACCGACCUCCGGUCCGGUAUCUGACGCUGGAAGUCCUCACGCCAGCUUUGUAUUCCUGCACUAUAGUAUCCAUUUAAUGCUCUCAGCAGCUCAUAGCGUAUGAGUGCUUUUCUAUCUAAGCUUCACAUCAGAAAAAACAAACCACACACCGUGUAUAUAAACAGAAAAUAGUAUAUACACUACAAAAUAAAACGUAUAACUGGAAGAAUUCCUAGGUGUACCUCACAGACACCCAAGAAAUAAUGAAAAAGUGGAAAACACCCAGAAUACGUGUAGGUUACUAUAUAAAAUAUAUAACAACCUGAUGGAAAGUGAAAUCCGUAUGAAUUCUGUAUAAAAAUCAGAAAUUUGACAUAGCGUGAUACAGUUAAGUAAUUCAACUUUAUGAAUAAAAAUGAUUAUAGAUGCACUCACAAACGCGCGUGAAAUAGAGCUUCUCGCCCACCCAGGGGCAGUAUGUAAUCCGAUGGAUGAAUUAGAGAAUUACCUCAUGGGAUAUAUAAAAAUAAAGGAAAAAACAGAAUAGUGAAGUUUGUUAUAAAAAGUACAAAAUCACAUUUAUUGGUCACACUUACAUGUGUGUAAAUCACAAAGAGCGUAUCUCUCAAUAACUUGGAACUCCAUGCAAUGUUGUUAUCAAUCCAGGAAUAGGGAUGAACAGGAGUAGUUAUAAAUGAGUAGCCAAAAAUACAAAUAAAACAAUUAAAACAAUAUAAAAUAAGUCCAAUAUAGAAAUCCAACGCGUUUCGUCCUGUAGGGUGUAGGACUUCAUCAGGGAUUUUUGGCUACUCAUUUAUAACUACUCCUGUUCAUCCCUAUUCCUGGAUUGAUAACAACAUUGCAUGGAGUUGCAUUUUUAUUCAUAAAGUUGAAUUACUUAACUGUAUCACGCUAUGUCAAAUUUCUGAUUUUUAUACAGAAUUCAUACGGAUUUCACUUUCCAUCAGGUUGUUAUAUAUUUUAUAUAGUAACCUACACGUAUUCUGGGUGUUUUCCACUUUUUCAUUAUUUCACACACCGUGUAUAGCACUACAUCAGAGAGCUCCACAUCAACAACAUCCACAAUAUUGUGCUGGUAUUAAAUUGAGUCUUCCUGGUCUCACCCAUAAGGUUCACUCCAUAUCGGCCUUUUCGGGUUGCCUGCUAUAAAAGUCACAGUAACAGUUGGGGAUCUGUGAGCCUUUAAAAGAAAUCCGUUUGGUCUGAUUUAUGUUUAAAAAUCAUAUGAGACAAUAGAGAAAUUAAAAAUGACAAUGAACAGAUUUUGUGUUGUGUUGUCGCACAGUAUACCUUUUUAAAAAAACAAUGCAAACAUAAUGGAGAAUUGAAACUAGCAUCAAGACUGCUGCUUCUUACACUUUUAAAGUAUUUUAAUAAAUUUCUGUAUUAUCCGAAUAAUAAGUUCUGUCUUCUUUGUAAUCUGCCUCGGCCAACUCCCCAUUUUUCCCAGCUUAUUGCUCUUUAAAUAGCUGUUUUUUUCUGAUGUUAUUUUUCCCUUUUUUUUUUGCCUCUUCCAGAAUUAUUCCCCAUUCAGAUGGAAGGCGUGAAACUUACUGUAAACAAAGGACUCAGCAACUACUUCCAAGUAAGAGAGUUAAGGAAUAUUAAGAUCAUGAUAAUAUUGACAUUGAUAAUGAGACUGUGUAACCAGCGCAAAUCACUGUUUAAUCGUCAUGCAAGGAGAACAUAGAGACCCAUAGUACCUUGGACAAUUUUAGGCAAUAGAAAGGUCUCCGGGCUGCAUGUUCGAAUCACAUCGGUUAAAGGACUGUUGUUUUCCUUUUUCUGUAGAUAAUUAUUUAAAAUGUACAAAAAUUUGUUGUAUUUAUUGCAGAUAUUCCUGCCUAUAUUGCCCAUGUCUGUAGCUGCUGAGCCAUUUUAACCUUUACUUCUCUCCCAUCCAUAUGUUUGGUGCUAGCACUGAUGUUGCUUAUAUGUAACUCUUGUGAUGCCCUUAAGCAUGCCAUCGUUUCAAUGCCUAAAGGCAUGCUCUAAGCACUCUAACAUAUACAGAUCAUUAUAGUGCAAGAAGGCUCUGUUUUUGUCAAACCAUUUUCAAGCAAAAAACUAAAUUUAAAAGUCUGCCCUUUAAAAAUAUUAUAUAGCGUCACCAAAAUUCAGCUGUGCCAAAUUGCUUUUAACACUUUCUGUUGAGAAUAUGACAUCCUUUUUUAAACCUUGCAAUAUGCCAAACUCAACUGGUGGUUUAGGUAUUUUGCUCUGAACGCAGCACUUUAGGGACUAAAGUUGAAGUACUGGAAUACACAAUUGUAAAUGUUUUUAGUGGUCACUGUCGGUAAGAGUUAAAGGGAUACACAGAAAAGAAUUGGAAUAGAGGUGCUAAAUUAUCGAUAAUGAAUAGUCUGCGUGUGUGUGUAGUUGUUUAUCAUCUUCACGUUUGAUUGAUUUCUCAAUAUUAAUGUCUUUUAGGUAAACCACACGGUUUCUCUCAGUACUGUCGGAGAUUCCAAUUAUCACUUUGGGGCCACGUAUGUAGGAACAAAGCAAGUGAGCCCAACAGAGGUGAGUGUUUUGUAUUUUCUGAUUAGCUGCAGUUUUAUAAUGCGUGUUUACGUAGAGUCUGUAUUACCUGUAUCCAUAAGAGGAGCUUUUACUCCUGUAGGUUUUUAUUAAAACUUGUAAGUGGUUUUAUUUUUUAUGUAUUUUUAAUAUUAAAAUCUUGGAACAAUUGAGCCAGCCACUCCUGGAAAUGUGUGUGUGUGUGUGUGUGUGUGUGUGUGUGUGUGUGUGUAACCCUUUCAGUAUAUUUGCAGAGUGCAUUAUGCACAAAAGACCCACUUUCAAAUUCACAUUUACAAAUAAUGCAAUGGAACCAUCUCUACCGGGCACACAUCUCAAAACUGUUUAAAUAGAUUAGGAAUAAUAUUGUUUUUCACAAAUGUGAUCUUUCUGCUCAAAAAUUACAUCAGGUCUAGGGUCUGCAUCCCAAUAUUUCACAAUCCUACUUCAUAUCUACAGUAAUAUUUACCCAUGGUUUUGUCCAUUGCAUGCGUUACCUGUAACUCUAACAAGUAAUUAGGCUUACCAAACUGUCAUGGCAGUAUUGGGUUGCAAUCCAAGCGACGUGCAAACUCCUUGUAACCUGCUCCAUUCACUUUAUUCCCUCAGGCAUUUCCAGUUUUAGUUGGAGACAUAGACAACAGUGGCAGCCUCAACGCACAGAUAAUUCAUCAGCUUACCCAACAAAUUUCAUCAAAGAUUGCUUUACAGGUAAGGAUUUCCACCCUGUCCCUAUUUGCUACCUAUGUUCCCUUAUAUGUAAUUCUGCCCGUAAAUGUUCUUGUUUCUCUCACUGGUUUACAUCUUCACCUUGUUGCUGUAAUACCAGCCAUGCAGACUAUGGGACUUGGCUCAUCACAAAUACCUGACUCUCAAAAGCUACCCACAAAUGAGUGUUGCUGUGGUUUCCCCACAGUUUCUAUUUUUAUUAUUGUUGUUAUUAUUGACAUUUAUAUUGCGCUAACUUAUUCUACAGCGCUUUACAAUAUUGUUAAGGGUGGGGGCAAUCUUUGGGUUAGACAUUGUUUUGGGAGCUCUUACCUAAGAAAGCUUGACAUCUCAGGUGAUACACAUUUGACAGGAAUCAUUCAUAAGGUUGUUUAGGGCUGUAGCAAAGUCUGCCUAAUGGGUUUGGAUGAUUUCUUGUGACCACUCCUGCCAGGGUAGCCUUGAAUUUAAAAGAAAGUGUGCAGGUAGUAGGACAUUUCUAAGGCACUUCUGAGUUGGUGAAGUGCAGUGUUGCUCCAGGUAGCUGGAGAGGUUGGUAUUGAUAGCAAAAAGCAGGUGGACAAUCUCAAUUUAUGCCUGUUAUUGAUGGAUAAUGCUGAAGACAGACGCUUCUGCGGUAAAGCAUUUAUUAAUUAGGCAUGUGGGGAAAUCUUACCUUGCAUCAGACUAGUAUUGUAGCUCAGUGCCAACCAUAUUUUCUUCAGCUUCAGUAGAGAUCAUGAUAGAGGCUGCCGGAAAGCCAUAGAUGGGGAGUCACGUCAGACCCUCCUCCACUUUAGUUAUCCGUAAGCUUCUUAAUGUCACUGCAAAAUAAUUUCUCCCAUAUUUGUUCUAAUUGCAUUUUCUAUGCAUGCUGAUUGUAUUGUGUAUUGAGUCUGCCAUCUGUUUUAAUCUUAUUUUCUCUCCUGUGUGGUCUCAUUUACUCAUCCCUGUCUUUCACAGACACAGCAGUCAAAGUUUGUAAAUUGGCAGAUAGACUCAGAAUACAAAGGAGAGGAUUUCACAGCUGCUGUCACAGUAGGAAACCCUGAUAUAUUAGUUGGAUCAGGUAAGGAAGUUCUUAACAUUACUACUACUCUUUGUUUAAUUUCUCAUGAACAUAAUACAUGGUUUCAGGUCAACCCUCACCCCAAUUUUUGCCUUGGGGGACCUACUCUUCUUGAUGAAAUGUUUGGUUGUGGGGAUUUAAUUGGUCGCUUCAUUCUGACUCCUUUUCAGUCACCUCAAGUUUGUCAAGCAUAAGGGUAAAAGGAUGAUGUUAAAGAGCCAGUCUAAGCACUAGGCACUUUGCAUUAAUUCAAUACUUAGUUUGUUAAGCCUGCUGUAAUUUUUGAUCAGGGCUAUCAAUCAUACAAAUAUAGCAAAUCGUUCAGGGUCGGAUUAUGACAUUUUUUUUUUUUUCCACUUUUUUGAAUGCAGCAUCUACACGCAUAAUAGGAAAGACUCUCUCCUCCCUGCAGAGAGUUGAGCAGCAGACUGCGUAUGAACACACAGCUGGGUUCACUAAAUAAACUAGAUCAAAAGAUAAGAACGCAUACAAUAAACAAUAACAGUAUCUAAAAAUAGCUAAAACCGUAAUAAAAUAUGAUGGCAGCUAAACAUGUAAAGAACUUCCCCAAAUUCCGAGCACAUGUGCAGCAAUAGUCACUCUGCACCAAUCAACAUUUCUUUAUAGAGAUGCAUUUGGGUUGCACCUUGCAUGGAAGAAGCAGUGUUAAUCCCAGAAAGUGCAGGGAUAAAUGACCACUAAAAUGGUCAAAUAUAGAUAAAUGUGUCUUGGUAUCCUGUAACUGCUCUAUUAAUAAUAGUGCUUCCCUUGUCUUCUAUUUUGGGAAUGUAACCUGUAUCUGCUCUUUUGUCCCCAGCUAUCUUAGUUGCUCAUUAUCUUCAGAGCAUUACUCCAAAUCUAGCAUUAGGAGGAGAACUGGUGUACCACAGGCGUCCUGGGGAGGAAGGAACAUUAAUGUCCUUGGCUGGCAGAUACUCAGGUAAUUAUGUCGACAUGUGCAAAGCGACCGUAGAAGAUUCUAAAUGCGCUCUCAGCGUGAUCUCUGCAGCAGGGCUCGCAUAAUGUGAAUUUAUAACUCAGGAGCUUUCCUGAGUCAUAUGCAGAUAGGCCCAGAUUAGAAGCAAAUGCAUGACUUUAAAGAUGAUGCCCACCUUAUUAAACACUGUCCUUUACAAUGGCAUAUUUUUAGUAGUCUGUCUUUAUGGUCACAGCAUUGAAAAAUGCUAAUGUAGAGAAAAAUAAUUUAAUAGUAAUUUUUGCCUGAACAGUAUAUUAAUUAAAUCUAUAGCUACCUAACAAUGAACUUGUUAUCCUUGUGUCUAUGGAUCACAAAUUCACUUUGAACCAUAAGUGUUGUGAUUUCACAUACCGUUAAGUGUGUGCAUAUAUGUACACAUGGUAUCUGAUGUAAUAAGCUUUCUUGCAUAAAAUAGAAAUACAAAACGCUGUUCUUGUUUAUUCACUUGGGACCGCAUGUCCCUAGUCUAGGUUAACAAUAAUAAUCGAUGGACCAUUUGGAGGCAUUUCGACUUUCAAUCCUGGACAUUGUUCUCGGUUUCUGUAUCAUGCAAGACCGCAUCUGAAAUACAGAGAAUGUAAACCUGAAUUUAUCCCGUUUGGAUGUCUAGUACAGAACCAGAUAAUGGAAAAAUGCAACCAAACGCUCAAAUACAGUGAUAAUUAGACAGAAUCCAUUGCAUUCACACAUUAGUGAAUAAUCCCUUUUUAAAUUGAGUUUUUUUUAAGUUUAAAAUACUUAUAAAUAAUUGAAUGUGUUGAAUUAAUAUAGGUAUUUCCCGUCUAUUUUGGCUUUUUGGGAUUUGGGCAUGUAAUUGGUAAGAUUUCCUUCUCAGCCAAAGCAAGCAUCCAUAUUUUUAAAACAAUUAGUCUAGAGAACUGAAAGCAAAAUUUGGAUGGCAUCCCAAUGUCCAAUGGAAAAUUACAAUACUUUCUAAAGAGCAUUUAUAUUGCUGGAACAGCCAAUCCAGAAUGGAAAUCAUUCUGUAUGUCUGAAUAUAAAUUCAUUUAGAACAUAUUUUUAGUAGUUUUAUCAGUUACAGAAAGCAAUUACAUGAAUAUAGUGUAUCAGAUAAUGGUUACCUAAAUUAAAAAAGAAAAAUGUACAUUAUCACUACUAAUAUAUGCUACUGCCUAGCAAGUACUGGGACAGCUAGGAAGAACCACUAUAAAGACAAUAGUGUAUAUUUUUAUAAACUUUAACUGGCUGAGGUUUGUUUACUGAACACUAGGGGGUGCUGACAUAAAAGGAACAAUUCAAAUGGAAUAUUCAUAUGUUGUCCUACAAAUAGUUUUUAGACAUAACCCCACAAAUUGUUGCCCUUUUGGGAUUGUCAUAUUUAAUGGUACCAAAUUAGGGAGCUGUUUAGUAGAUGGCUCCUUUUUGGUAUCGUUACAAUCCCACAAGGAUUAGUGAGCUAUCCACUAAGAAGCUGAAAGACCAAAAUACAGAGAACUUUGUGAAUACUAAGUGCCUCGAGUAGGGUCAUGUAUACUAAAUAGCGAGCAGUCAGCGGCUAUUGCUGCCCAGCUGCUAAUGUUCUAACGCCCCGCAAGCUCAGUCUGCGUGGGGCCCUCGCGUGGGGAGGUUUUGUUUUUUUUUUGUGUGUGUGCGAUUGUCUCUUCCUUUUGCGAUUUUGGUUCUAGGAUUUUUAGUUGGUCUUUUUUGGGGCUGAAAAAAGAUGUAAAAUAAAUAUGUAAUAAUUACUGUUAGAUUUCAAGUAUUUAGUUGUUGCACCUCCUCCCUCCCCCCAUCCGUUUGGUUGAGGGGGGGAGUUAGGGUAUUCUUUUAUGACUAAUGACCAGGGGCUUGAGACCCUCCCUGCUAAUGGUCAAUGGGUCCACCCCCACCUUAUUAUUGAGGAGGAAUAAUCGGUCCGCCCCACAUUAUUUUAGACCCCCAGCCACGCAAAUUGGUGGGAACUGGGGGAACACUAUGUUCUUCUUAGCUGUUUAGUAGACGUGACCUGCUCGUGGCACUUGAAGUAUGGCCAGGAGGGAGGAUUUAACCUCACUUAUAUUAAUAUGGGGCCCAUAUUGUAGUCCUGUUUUACAUGCAGCAACUUUAUGUUAUCAUGCUGGUGUAUGCGUAACUGCCCUGUGAAUACAAACUUAUUCAUGAGUGCGCUUUCCCCACAGAUACUCCAAUCCUUGCUCUCAUGAUCAUGACUUCAUUAAUAGUUUGCAGAAGGUGCUAAGAGGUUCCGACAGGAACAAAUCACAGAGAAAUCGCUACACUUUUGCAACUUCAAGGGGCAUUGUGACCAUGAUUCAGGUUCAUAUGGACAUGGCUAGGCAGGGGCAAAGAUGGCAGAAUAGAGAAAAGUGUUUGCUCAACACCUUGAUGUAUCAUGCUAUUAAGGAGAAUGUGAAAAGUUAUUACUUCAAAGGAAAUCAGUGUUUGGAAUGUUAAGAUAUGAAUGGCACUGCAUUGUUCACAAAAGACUAUUAUAAUUGAAUAGCCAUUGUUGCACAGUAUGUGUUCAAGACAGUCUUGUUAAGGUUUUUUUUUUUUUUUUUUGGUGUGGCUGUUCUUUUAUAGACUAUAUGAUAACAUUAUUUAUAAAUUACUUCUUUUCAAAGCACCGAAUUGGGUAGCAACUUUAACGUUAGGACAAUCGGGAGCACAUGCAACGUAUUACCAUAAAGCCAACGAACAGGUAAGUCUACAGAAUGGAACAUCAAGCAAAUACUGAGCAAAUCAGAGUUAGUCUCCAAUGGCCCAAAUAAAAGAAUAACUUUAUUUGUAGCUUUUAGUAUUCACUCUGUGAUCAUAUCUGCGGUUGUCUGCAUUCAACAGAAAAUGUUUUCCUGCAAAUGUAUUUGAUGUUUUGAAGGAUGAAUGACAAAGCCUUUCAUAGGACUGUAGGGGAAAGGACUGUAAAACACUGGGUGGUAUUAAGAGAACAAUGAGCCUAUUCACUAUCCUUAUUUUUGCUACUAGACCAGAUGGUUAAAACCUCUGUGAAUCUUAAAGGGAAGUAAAAGCCCUGUUAAACGUAAACAUUUUAUGAUUUUUAACUAGAUAGGUCAAAGGCAAAAUGCACACCAGUAUGUGUGAUUAAUCUCAUCAUACCAACCAAAUAGAUAUGUGAUUUUGGUAUUUAAUUGCUAUUUUAACAAUAUUGACAUUAUCAUCGUUUAGUUAAAGCACCGUUAGAGAGAAGAAAAAAAAAUCUCCUGCCUUAAAGGACAACUAUAGGCACCCAGACCACUUCAGCUUAAUGAAGUGGUCUGGAUGCCAGGUCCAGCUAGGGUUAACCCUUUUUUCUAUAAACAUAGCAGUUUCAGAGAAGCUGCUAUGUUUAUAAAUGGGUUAAUCCAGCCUCUAGUGGCUGUCUCAUUGACAGCCGCUAGAGGCGCUUGCGUGCUUCUCACUGUGAUUUUCACAGUGAGAAAACGCCAGCGUCCAUAGGAAAGCAUUGUGAAUGCUUUCCUAUGAGACUGGCUGCGCGUGCGGUUCUUGCCGCGCAUGCGCAUUCAGCCUAGGAGUAGGAGGAGAGCUCGCCGCCCGGCGCUGGAGAAAGAGGUAAGUUUAACCCCUUCUUCACCCUAGAGCCCGGCGGGAGGGGGACCCUGAGGGUGGGGGCACCCGAGGGUGGGGGCACCCUCAGGGCACUAAAGUGCCAGGAAAACAAGUAUGUUUUCCUGGCACUAUAGUGGUCCUUUAACCCCUUAAGGACCGGCCUGUUUUUGCGAUGUUGUACGUUAAGGACCAGAGCAGUGUUGACACUUUUGUGGUGUUUGUGUUUAGCUUUAAUUUUCCUCUCUCUCAUUUACGGUUCCCAUACAAGUUAUAUAUUGUUUUUUUCAGGACAAGAAGGGCUUUCUUUACAUACCAUUAUUUGUAUCAUGUCAUAUAUUUUAUUUUUUUUAAAAAUCAUAAAAUAUGGGGAAAAAUUAAAAAAAACAAAACAUGUUUUUGGACUUUUACUUGAAAAAUCUUUUACCUACAAAAGCUAAUUAAAAAAAACUGCUAAAUAGAUUCAACAUUUUUUUUUUUUUUGCAAGUUAUAGGACUAUAAAUACAAGUAGGAAAUUGCUGUUUCAAUAUAUAUAUUUAUUUUAAAUUUAUCAAUAGUGACAUUGUAACACCGUUAUCUGUCAAAUCCCUGAAUCACACCUCACAUGUACAUAUUUUUUUAAAGUAGACAACCCAGGGUAUUCAAAAUGGGGUUUGUCCAGUCUUUUUUAGUAGCCACCUUAUCACAAACACUGGCCAAAGUUAGCGUUCAUAUUUGUUUGUGUGUUAAAAAUGCAAAAAACACUAACUUUGGCCAGUGUUUGUGACUAAGUGGCUACUAAAAAGGCUGAACAUACCCUAUUUGCAAUACCUUGGGUUGUCUUCUUUUGCAAAUGGCAUGCCAUCAUGGGACUAAUUCUCAUUCCUGGGCUACCAUACGCUCUCAAAGGCAACCUAACCAAUCUGACAAAUUUCAAUAAUAAUAAAAAAAAAAAACAAAGUAAAAUCAAGCCUUAUAUUUGACCCUAUAGCUUUCACAAACACUAUAAAACCUCUACAUGUGGGGUACUGUUAUACUCAGGAGACUUCGCUGAACACAAAUAGUAGUGUAUCAGAACAGUAAAAUGUAUCACAGCAAUAAUAUCAUUAGUGAAAGUGCCAUUUGUGUGUGAAAAAUGCAAAAAAAGUCACUUUCCCUGACAAUAUCAUCGCUCUGAUAUGUUUUACUGUUUUGAAACACUAAUAUUUGUGUUCAGCGAAGUCUCCCGAGUAAAACAGUUACCCCCAUGUACAGGUUUUAGGGUGUCAUAGAAAGUUACAGGGUUAAACACAGUGCUAGCAAAUUAAAUUCUCUGGACUUUCGGCCUGGGUUGGCAGGCAGGUCUCUCAAAUUGCAGUCAUUAAAAUUAGGUAAAAAUAUUACAUAAAUACGCACAUAGAAUUUUAAUAUAUAUACAUAUUUAUUUAUAUAUUUGACGUCUACGUCUAUAUUAAAUUAUUUAUGUAAUUAUGUAUAUGGACAUAUGUAUAUUUCAUAUUUUUAUUUAUUUAUAUAUAGAUAUAUAUAUCAUUACAGUCUAAGUGUAUUUUGAUAUAUAAAUAUAUAUAUUAUCAAAAUACUGUUAGAAUAAAAUUAUUUAUAUAUAUAUAUAAAUUUAUUUUUUAAUUAUUAAAAAUUAUUUUUUCCCAAGGGGAUUUUUCCGAUGACGGUCCUGAACCGUCAUCGAUCAUCAAGGGGUUAAAGCGUCACUGUCAUGCUAAACUUGCCUUUCUCCUAUUGUUUUCUCUUCCUCUCUCAGAAUCUGUUCUUCUUGUCUUUAUUUCUGAUCUAGUUUUCUUAAAAAUGAAAGACAAAGUUAGGACUACUCUUGUCUUUUGUAUUUUUCCUACGCUUGACUUUCUUUGACCAAAGGAGGAGCUUAAGUCAGGUCCACUUGCUGUGUCAAAGAAAGUUGAACCGCGAUAUUUGCCCAAUUCGACAUAGGAAAUGGAGCUGACUUAAGACAUGACUUGGACAAAGAAAGUCAGGCAUAGGAUAAACUAGAUCACAUAGGAAGAAAAGAAGAGAGAUGAAUAGAAGAGGAAACCAUAGGAGAAAGACAAGUUUGGCGUGACAGUGCCGCUUUAAGGAAUAUAUGGGAUCCACCACAUUUUUUUUAAUACAAUCUGUGUGGUUGACUACCUGUUUAAUUGUGAUGAUAUCAAUAUAAUUCACCGUAUGUAUAUUAAUAGUUUUAAGUAGAUUAAAAGUUAACCACUAUUUUGGAAAUUAAACACUUUGCUGUCCCUUUAAGUGGAGCUUUGGUCAGAGAAUUUAAAGGUUUCCUGAAUUAUGUGCUCUUUAAAUUGGAUACCUAGAAGCUGGUCCCAACAUAUUGUAUUCUCCUUGCAAAACAGCCAGCAGACUUCCGAUCCGAGGUACAUUUUAUUCAGUGAAGUAUUAAUUGUAGAAUUCACACAGGAAACAGAGGGCAUCAGAAAUGGUUUUCUUUUUUCUUAAAACACUGAUUUCUUAUCUUCUAACCUUAUUGUUCUUCAUAUUUCUAGCUUCAGGUUGGAGUGGAGUUUGAAGCAAGCACUCGCAUGCAGGAUACUAGUGUUUCCUUUGGUUAUCAGUUGGAUAUUCCCAAGGCAAACCUGCUAUUUAAAGGUAUAAGUUGUGUCUAUUAUGCCCAGUGUUCUGUUAUGUUUGGCAGUCUUAUUCUUGUUCCAUGUCAUUUUUUUUAAAUUUUUUUUUUUUUACGAUUUAUUAUUUUUGUUUAUAUGUUUAUUACACUGAGUUAUUAUCGUUCUCAUUUCUUUUCAGGUUCUUUUGAUAGUAACUGGAUAGUUGGAGCCACCUUAGAGAAGAAGCUGCCACCCCUCCCUCUAACACUGGCUAUGGGAGCCUUCCUUAACCAUAAGAAAAACAAAUUCCAGUGUGGCUUCGGCCUGACAAUUGGUUAACAUGAGCCUCCUCUUCAGAUCUUGUGGUCUCCCGUCCCCAUCCAGACAUGUGGCCUCUUCCUCUGCUUGCUGACCCCCUCCUCCUCCUGAUUUCCUUACUGACUUUUCCUCCCCUGACUCCUGCCAGGCACACAUUUUAAAGAUUUUUUUUUUUCAUCUUUUAGGGGUAAGGAGGCAGUGAAGGAAUGAUCUAAAUUAUGAAUUUUUUAUGUACGUCCUUGGGCUGGAGGGGAAACUGCCUUUAUCCUCUUUUUCUCCUCGGUCUGUGUUAAUUUGGCACCAUGUUUCUCUUUCUUUUCUACUCUUGUUUCUUUUGUUGUGCCUGUCUUUCUGUGUUUCCAUGGUCUUCUGUGUUUCACAAGGGGUUUUGUUUCCUCCCUCCUGUCUGCAGUCUUUUGUUUGGGAGCAGCCCCAUGUAAUUUUUUUCCCCAGUGCUCCCUUUCUUCUCUUAAUGCUCCUUCCUUUAUGGCCUGUUUGGGCUAGGGAAUUGCCAAUCUGGUGAGGUCAUUUGAGAACUACCCAAGCCCUGUGUCCUCAGUGACCAUGUUCUGCUGUCUGAGGGAGAGGAGGGUUAGUCCUUCUGCUGCCUUUGCCCCUCCUUAGCAGCAUGGAUGUAAAUCAUGUUUAUAAGUUAUACAAACACUGAUCUUUUACAUAAAACCGAAGUGAAGCCCAAAGCAGAGUCAUAGCUGGGCACAUUCAGCAUCAAUAAAAUGACUUCUGCAAAUGGCUCCUAAUGGAUUGUUACUGUGUUCUCCAACCUACAUUGGGCAGAUUGCCCUUGGUGGGUUCUUCACGCAAUUAUGAAAUGGAGAUCAAAAUACAAGUCUCCUUAUCUAGGAUCUUACAGUUUUAAUAUGUCUGCACACUCAUCACUCUAGCUGUUGGCCAGAAACUCAGACAUCUGGAACAUGAAUUAAUAAUUAUCAUAUUUAAAAAAAAAAAAAAAAAAAGUAUUUCUCAUUAGUGAGAGGAAGCCUGAGGGGACGGUCUCAACCACUGAUGGAGUAAAUUGCUUUUCUUUGAAAAGCAUGUACCUUUAGAACCAUUGAUACUACAUACUGUAAACUGCUGUGUAUGACAUGCAAUUGUGGUGAUUGAUAUAUGAAUGAGUGUGUCUGAUCCUAUUGGGCAUGUUUGUAAUGAUGUUUGUUCUGUGCUAGAUGCAUAUGAAUAUGUCAGUAUGUUGUUUACAAACCUGUGCUACCAGUGGGUAAAAAAAAUUAAAUCUUUCCGUCCUAUUAAUCCAUGUGUUAGCGUACACCCCUGGAGCCAGAUCCGUUACCGACCUUGCAACCUUGGUUGCUGAUGCUGGAAUCUAUAAAAGUUUUCCAACGAAUGGUGCUUCAGUUUGUAGUACCAAAUGACUAGUAGAUAUAUUAAAAGAUUUUAUUCAAACAUGAUUUUUUUCACAAUGACACUGAAUCAUCAUUGUAUGCUAGCUACGUGGUGUAUUGUUGAAAGGAGGUGAUUGGAAUAUUGUUUCCCUGCUUUGUAGAAUCGUGAUGUUUGUGAUUCCAACUGUGGCAGUGGGCAUCUCAAUGUUUGACUUCUGCUCUGCACCAUUGUGAUUAAUUUACAUACCAUAGUAUAGUUUUCUAGAGAACGCAAAGCUUGUUGAAUUACUUUGAGUUUAAAGAGGCCUUGAGGGAAUCAAACAAGGAAAAGUCAUACUGCUUUAAGCGGCGCUGUCUCCUUAGGCAGAUGGUAACAUCAAUGUGGUGCAGUUUUUAAUCUUAGAAUACAUACUUACCUGAAGAUGUCCCUUCUGGGCGCUUCAGCUCUUGGUGCUUCAUCUGCCAGGAGCCCACCACAGUGCUGUGCUCUCGUGCAUGAUGUUUCUGGAGGAAACGAUUCCUUUUUCCUUACAGCUGUCAUUAGUGACAGCUGAGGGGAAAUGACAAAACUUGACAGUGAUAGCUCUGCGCUUUGUCAGGUGUAGGAAAAAUGCACAAGACAAAGUAGUCCCUACUUUAUCUUAUGAUAUAUAUUUUGACUGCGUUGGAACUUCUUCGAAAUGUAUCUUUAUGACACACUCAUGGAGGGGGAGGUGAUGGUGCAGAGCUAAUUUUAACAAAUAUCACAUUAACCUUGAUCUUGGGGAAGUGUAGAUUGUAAAAUACACUGUGCAAAUCGUACCAAAGGGUUCAGAUGAGUUUGAGUUGGAGAAGAGUGCAACCGGGACAACAGUCUCAUGUGUUUCGUGCUUUAAGCAUGUCAUCUGGGAAAUUCAUGGGUACUAGAU